UGUGAAGAAAGUGCUCACGGACCACUCGGAUUUGUUGCCUUUCAACACAACAGAGCAAACUAUCAAAUCUUAAAGGCACAUGCUAUUGUAGUCAUUCUUGUUCCCGACGAUGCAAAAUUAGAGGAAUUCGAUUCCAUUUUAACUUAUACGGUGCCCUCCACUUCAUCUCGAAUGCCGAUUAAAAAG